AUGGCCCAUCUUCAAGCAUCGAACCUAUUCUCAGUCAAGGACCGGGUGGUCGUGAUCACCGGCGGCGGAAGUGGCCUCGGACGUAUCAUGACCAAAGCCCUGGACGCCAAUGAAGUCUCCAAGAUCUUCAUCCUAGGCCGACGCGAAGACGCGCUACAAGAAACCGUCUCGCAAAGCAUAAACGGCACCGUCAUCCCAAUCCAAUGCGACAUCACCUCAAAAGAGUCACUCGAGGCAGCCUACAACGCCAUCGCCGCCCAAACAACACACGUCGACCUCCUAAUCGCCAACAGCGGCAUAAUGGGUCCCCUCAUGAAGCCCCCGCAACCCGCAGCAGACGGGACCCUCCCGCCGCUGUCGCAAGUCCGCGAUGAACUCUUCAAUAUCCCCAUGGAGGAGUUUAACAAAGUGAUGAAUGUAAAUGUUACCGGGUCGUACUACACGGUGCUGGCGUUCUUGCCUCUGCUGGAAGCGGCCAAUAAGCGCCGUCCUGCGCCGCAGCAGGAUGUUCUUGCUGCCCCGACUGCGCAGGUUAUUAUCACUAGCUCCAUUGCUGGGUUUAUUCGCAAAGUGCCGUUCAGCUUCGCAUAUAACUCUUCCAAGGCCGCUACGACCCAUCUGGUCAAGAUGCUUUCCACUUCGUUUGCUUAUUACGGUAUUCGGGUUAAUGGCAUCUCGCCGGGUCUUUACUACUCGGAUAUGGCCAAUCAUAUCUUCCAGGCCGCGGGUAUUGAGGGUCGCGCGAUUUCUGACGGCUCAUUCCCGAGGGACAUGAUUCCGGCUACUCGCGGUGGUAGUGAGGAGGAUUUUGCGGGUUUGAUUGUUUGGCUGGCUAGUAACUCGGGUGGCUAUAUCAAUGGUAAUAUCUUAGUUACUGAUGGUGGCCGGAUUUCUGUUUGCCCUGCUGUGUACUGA